UGUUCUCUGGUUCUGGCUCUUGAAACAAUGUGUCAGAAAUCAGUGACUCCAGGGCUGCUGGAUUCUGCUACAAUGUUUCAGGUGUCUGUUUUUGGUGGAGAUCCUCUUGAAAAGAAGAUAAUGACUGGCGAAGAACUUCAUCUACUCCCUGGCUCUGCCGCUCAGGCGCUGAAAUGUAUAAUCCACUAUUCAUGUGUCAGCCUGUAGGAGUCGCUGUAGAGCAGCUAUGAGGCGUCCAGGGUCGCAGAGAAGAGCUGGAGGGAGUGGGAGUCGGGGGCACGCCUGGCGGUGGGAGAGGGAAGGAUCUAUUAUUCGGGCUGGGGGAGUGAGAGGCGGCUGGGAGUUGUAUCGCACUGAAUCGCUCACUGAGCUGCAGUCGGCUAAGGACUGUAUGUGGAGCUGCAGGUUAUUUGUGCGCUCAGUGCGGAGGGAAGAGAGCGGAGGACGCGGCAUGAUGGCACCUUAUUGCCCGGGGGACACUCCUUGGAUAUUACCUGAGUGAUAAGCGCUGGAUUCUUACCUGGGACUCAGCUGGGGUUGUACAGUCUGAUCUCUGGCGAUGGUCGGUCCUUGUGUAGGCGGAUCAUUGGCUCCAUCCAUUCCUGGGAGAGACAUCUGAACUGAUUUCCCUUGUUUUGCCUCCGCUCUGGAUUCGCAUAUGUGUAACGACAAGCUGGACACAAUGAUCCUCACACAAAUAGAGGCCAAGGAAGCAUGUGACUGGCUACGGGCAGCGGGAUUCCCACAGUACGCGCAGCUCUAUGAAGGUGCAAACAAUAUAGGUAUGGGACCUGUUAACAGAAUGCUCGGGACCUGGAGUUUUUUUGGAGAAGGGAUUUUCGAUCUGCUUUUUCCUAUUGACAUCUCCUCGGUAAAGAAGGACCAUGACUUCUUGGACAGGGAUGCAAUCGAGGCAUUGUGCAGGCGAUUGAAUACUUUAAACAAGUGUGCUGUGAUGAAAUUAGAAAUUAGCCCAAACAGGAAAAGGAGUGAAGAGUCUGAUGAAGAUGAACCAUGUGCAAUCAGUGGUAAAUGGACAUUUCAAAGGCACAGUAAGAGGUGGUCUCGACUAGAAGAAUUUGAAGUCUUUCCUCUUGGUCAAGGACCAAAAGCACUGUUGUCUGAUGCACACCAGCUGGCAAAUGCAACUAGCCAGGACAGUAUCCUCACAGAAAUUAGUGAGCGCCAAGAUGUAUUAUCAAUUACCAGCACCAGCAGUGAAAGUCCCAGAGCACACCUUCCUAGUGAGGCCAGCACAACAAGAACAAAUUCUGUCACCAGCAUUUGUUCGUCUGGAAAUUUUAUUGCCAACGAUGACUCAUUUGGGAGCCUUCCAUCACCAACAGAGCUUUCCAAUUUUAAUUUCACCUCCAAGGCUAACCAAAAGAACUCAAAGUCCAGAACAAAGAGCCUCCUUAAGAGGAUGGAAAGCCUUAAAAUCAAAGGCUCUAACAGUAGAAAGAAGUCGCAUUCCAAACUGGGUCUGAUUAUUAGUGAACCUAUCCUCCAAGAAGCGGUGGAUGAUGAUAAGCUAAAGCAACUUAACUGUGUAGACAUUUCUUCCCUUAAUGGCAAUCAUAUCAAUGCACCCAAGGUGCGGAAAAGAAGCAUAUCGAACUCAACUCAGACAAGUAGCAGCAGUAGCCAAUCAGAGACUAGCAGUGCUGUGAGCACUCCCAGUCCCGUAACAAGGACAAGGAGCUUAAGUGCCUGCCAUAAAAGAGUAGGUAUGUACUUAGAGGGCUUUGACCCUUUCAAUCAGUCAACAUUUAGUGAUGUCCUAGAACAGAACUAUAAAAACCAGAGGACUUUUGGUGAGGACGCUGUGUUUUUUAUUCCUGAAGACCACAAACCUGGCACCUUUCCCAAGGCACUUUCAAAUGGCAAUUUGUCUCCUUCUGACAGUAGCACCUCUGUCAACUGGAGAACUGGGAGUUUCCAUGGACAUGACAACCACAGCUUUACAAGGGAAAAUAGCAUCAGCAGCUGCAAAAGUUCAGUUAGCAGCCAAAGACGGAAUUCUUGUUGUUCUGAAGGAAGCCGCUUGAGUAUUUAUGACAAUGUACCAGGCACUCUACUGUAUUCCAGUAACAGCGACCUGGCUGAUCUGGAAAAUGAAGACAUCUUUCCAGAACUUGAUGACAUAUUAUACCAUGUCAAGGGGAUGCAAAGGAUUGUGAAUCAGUGGUCAGAGAAAUUUUAUGAUGAAGGAGAUUCUGAUUCUGCUUUAGAUUCUGUGUCUCCCUGCCCUUCCUCUCCCAAGCAGAUACAUUUGGAUAUUGACAAUGACUGCAAUGCUCUUAGUGAUCUUGAUAGCACAGGAAAUUCAUUUAACGAUUGUGAAGAAGCAACAGUAAUCCAGGCACGGAGAGACUCCGGAGUUGGGGCUUCUCUGACGCGAACUAACAGACACCGGUUCAGAUGGCACAGCUUCCAGAGCUCCCACCGUCCCAGUUUAAGUUCCGCUUCGUUGCAGAUUAACUGCCAGUCCGUGACUCAGAUCAACUUGCUGCAGAAGUUUUCACUCUUAAAGUUAACUGCUCUUCUGGAAAAAUAUACCCCUUCCAACAAGCACGGCUUCAGCUGGGCCGUGCCAAAAUUUAUGAAGCGCGUGAAAGUGCCAGACUACAAGGACCGAAAUGUGUUUGGCAUUCCUCUUGCAAUAAAUGUGCAGCGCACUGGUCAGCCAUUGCCACAAAGCAUCCAGCUGGCCAUGCGUUACUUACGUGGCCAGUGCUUGGAUCAGGUGGGGCUUUUCAGAAAAUCAGGUGUUAAGUCCAGGAUCCUGGCUUUGCGGGAGAUAAGUGAAAACAACUCGGACAGCUUGACCUACGAGGGACAGUCUGCGUAUGAUGUUGCGGACAUGUUCAAGCAGUACUUCAGGGACCUGCCCGAGCCACUUUUAACCAGCAAGCUUUCCGAAACUUUCCUGCAAAUCUACCAGUAUGUACCCAAGGAGCAACGCCUGCAGGCAAUCAAGGCGGCCAUUAUGCUGUUGCCCGAUGAAAACAGGGAAGUCCUGCAAACUCUUUUAUACUUCCUGAGUGAUGUUGCAGCAGCUGUAGAUGAAAACCAGAUGACCCCCACCAACCUCGCUGUGUGUUUGGCUCCUUCCUUGUUCCACCUGAACACCUUGAAAAGAGAAAACUCUUCUCCCAGGGUUAUGCACAGAAAGCAGAGUUUAGGAAAGCCUGAUCAGAAGGACCUGAAUGAAAACCUUGCUGCCACUCAGGGUUUGGCUCACAUGAUUGCCGAAUGCAAGAAACUUUUCCAGAUCCCUGAAGAAAUGAGCAAGUGCCGUAAUUCAUACAUGGAACAUGAGCUGAGGCCUGUGUGUCUAGAGGAGCUUGUUAAUGGCAACGGAGAGGGGCUGUGUGACUACCAGUCGUACCUUCAAGAGAACAUUGAUGUCUUACUUAAGGAUGCUAAAGACAAGUUCAAAGGCUGGGUCAACUGUUCCACAUCAGAGCAGGCAGACUUGUCUUACAAAAAGGUGUGUGAAGGCCCUCCUCUUCGAUUGUGGAAAGCCACUGUUGACAUCCCUGCUCAGCCAGAAGAUAUUCUUCACCGUUUGCUGAAACAGCAGCACUUGUGGGAUGAAGAUCUCCUGGAUUCCAAAGUUAUUGAGAGUUUGGAUGAGCAGACUGACAUUUAUCAAUAUGUGCAAAAUUAUAUGGCGCCCCAUCCAGCCAGGGACUUUGUUGUAUUAAGAACAUGGAGGACCAACUUGGGCAAAGGUGCUUGUGUUCUUUCAUGCACUUCAGUAGAUCAUGAUCGUGCUCCUCAGCUCGGCGUCAGAGUCAACGUGCUCAUGUCCAGAUACCUCAUUGAACCAUGCAACUCUGGAAAGUCCAAGCUCACAUACCUGUGCAGAGCUGAUUUGAGGGGCCAUAUGCCAGAGUGGUACAAUAAGAUUUUUGGACACCUUUGUGCCGCUGAAGUUGUAAGAAUCAGAGACUCUUUUGUCAACCAACAAUCAGAAAACAAAGAUGGAAAGUCCAGGUGAUGUGCCAGGCUGCAGUAUAAGGUCUGAGAAAGUGGAAGUGAUCCUGAUGGCCAUUUAUCACGAGUCUUGGGAGACACAGCGUUCCCCAGUUGUUGGACUUUGCAAGUUGUUUGGGCACUGACUGUAUCUUUAAUAUAAAGCUGCUUCCUGGCUCUUGUGCUUGCUCUAUUCCCCAGGACCUCUCCGUGCACAACAAGCUGUAUGUUUUCCUGCAUACGGAUUCCCACUGCUUCUGAGAAGCAAACUGACUGUUGGAAACCUCCGUUGUGCAAACGUACAUUAACAUCACAUUUCCCUUUUGCAUGCCAUUAUAUUGUGGGACUGGUGUAUCCACUGGAAUAAUUGGUACUUGUACUUAUUGAUGCUCGUUUUGUUUUGUUUUGUUUUUUUUAAGCAGAAAAGAAAGAUUUGCACAGAGAAAA